AUGGGCGUGCAUUGCCUCCAGCACAGCCGGCUGUACGUCGACGUCGACGACGGCACGUACGGCUCCGAGACGCACACCCCGAGCCUUGGCGUCUGGCUCCAGUUCUUCGACAUCGAGCGCGACCCAUGCUGGGGGCGCCGGCAUCCGGCUCUCGGGGUUUGCCAGCGUCACUGCUCGCGCUCACCCCGGAGCUUUGCGACGCCCUCCACAGGGAGCUUGCUCCCUCCCCCGACGACGACGCCUUCUUCGCCCGCUGCCUUCGCCAAUCCCAGCUCCACCUCGAAGCCCUCGCCGCACAGCUCCGCCCCAAUUCCUCUUCCGCCGCCGCACCUUCUCCACCUCUCCCUCCCCCGCUUCCUCCUCUGCCCCCUCGGCAGGAGAUGCAGCUGCCUCGAGAUUCCGGGGCGGGCGGAUCCAAUCCCUCCACCACCAAGAAGCGCGCGCGCCCCGCCGCUGAGAUGGUGCGCGUCGCCAACCUCGCUCCGGCCGACCAUCUCCACUACCGCGCCCUCGUCCGCCGCGCGCGCCUCACCUUCGGGGCGCUUCUCGUCGCCUACCAGCGCCAGGAGCCCUCCGCCGGCGCCCGCAACCGCGCCGACCUCCGCGCCUCCAGCCGGAUGCUCUCCGCCGGCCACUGGCUCCACCGCGAGGUCCGCAUCGUCGGCGACAUCCCCGGCGUCCUCGUCGGCGACGCCUUCUACUACCGCGCCGAGCUCUGCGUCGUCGGCCUCCACACCGCGCCGCAGGCCGGCAUCGGCUACAUCCCCGGCAGCCUCGUCAACGAGGGCCACCCCGUCGCCACCAGCAUCGUCUCCUCCGGAGGGUACCUUGAUGACGAGGACACCGGCGACGUCCUCGUCUACACCGGCAGCGGCGGCCGCCAGCGCAACCGCCUCGACCACCACGCCGAUCAGACGCUCGAGCGCGGCAACCUCGCGCUCCACAACAGCUAUCUCUAUGGCGUCGAGGUGCGCGUCAUCCGCGGCCACGUCUGCGACCAGAGCCCCAACCGCAAGGUUUACGUCUACGACGGCCUCUACAGGGUCGUCAGCUCCACCUUCGGCCCUGGCAAGUCCGGCCAUGACGUCUGCAAGUUCAAGCUUGCGCGUCUCCCCGGCCAGGAGGAGCUAGGCAGCAAGAGCUGGCACACCGCCAAGCAGCUCAAUGACGCCAUGGACGCCAGAAUCCGCCCGCCGAGGUACAUUUCGCUCGACCUCUCCAAGGGGGCGGAGGUCCUUCGUGUCCCCGUCUGCAACAAGCUGGAUGACGACAGGUCUCCCCUGCUAUUUGAGUACACUGUCCGCCCCGAGUUCCCGGUGCCCCCAGCGUCCGGGCCGGUCAGCCGGCAGAGGGGCUGCCACUGCGCCACGGGCUGUGGCUCCAAGUGCAGAUGCGAGAGGAAGAACACUGGAGGACUGGUGUACAAUGAGGAUGGCACUCUGGUGAUGGGAAGACCGGUGGUGUAUGAAUGCGGUGCUCUGUGUGCUUGCCCCAUGACCUGCAUGAACCGGGUGACGCA